UAGUUGUCGUUGUUAAGAAGUGCCCAUCACGUUUGCAUCAAUAUCCACGCCCACGUAAAGAUCUCAUUAUCCGCAUCGCAAGCUUAUCGCUAUGCCAUAGUAUAUCCGAAAGAACGGUUCUCGGGUAGUAGUGGGGAUGGAGGGAUAGACCGAAGCCUCGGCACAGCCGUUCCCCGCACAACCACACUCCACACAUAUACUCCACCUCCUAUCUAUCUAGAUACAUACCACCCAACAUCCACCACCCAACAGCACGAUGAACCGCCUCACCCAGCUCACCACCCAGCUCACCUACCCCCAGGGUCUCCUGGCCCACCAGACCGCCCUCAUCACGGGCGCCGCGCAGGGCAUCGGCGCCGAAACCGCCCGGCUGUUCGCAAGGGAGGGGGCGCGCGUGGUCAUUGCAGAUGUGGAUGGGGAACAAUCCCACGCCCUCGCCCAAGCCCUCAACACCCAGCACGGCCCCAACACCGCCCUCGCCAUCCCCGGCGACCUCACCGACGAAACCUACAUCACCGCGCUAAUCCGCCAGACGGCCGCGUUCGGCAACGGCAAGAUCCACAUCCUCGUCAAUAACGCGGGGUUCACGUGGGAUGGGGUGAUUCAUAAGAUGACCACCCACCAAUUCACGACCAUGCUCACGAUCCACGCGACAGCGCCCUUCCAGCUCGUGCGCGCCGCGGCCCCGUUCUUCCGCGUGCACGACGGCGACGCCCGGUGUAUUGUGAAUAUCAGUUCGACGAGUGGGGUGCACGGGAAUCCAGGCCAAGCAAACUACAGCACCGCCAAAGCAGCCAUAAUCGGCCUGACAAAAACGAUCGCCAAGGAAUGGGGGCCGGGGUUCGGGGUGCGCGCCAACACGGUGGCGUUCGGGCACGUGCGGACCCGACUAACCUCGCCCAAGGAGGACGGGGCGGUGAUGGUCACGGCGGCCGGGGAGCGGGUGGCGCUGGGGAUUCCGGGGGGGCAGUUGGCUGCUCGUCGGGGAGGUUCUUCAGAUAAAGAAGGGGACGGACAAUAUCCCGACAUCCCCCUGGGCCGGCCGGCGAGCGCGGAGGAGGCGGCGCGGGUGGUGUUGGCGGUGGCGAGUCCGUUGUUUGCUUAUGUGACGGGGGAGACUAUCAGGGUCACGGGGGGCCGGAAUAUGUAGAUUUCCUAUGGGUGGUUGGGUGGUUGGGGAUGGGAGCAGAGGGGGGUGAACUGUAUCUGUAGAUAGUGGGAGGAAUGUGUGGGCUGGGGUCGUCUAUAUUCCUAGAUGCUAUAGUAUAUAUAUCACAUGUUAGUCUGCA